AGAAUUAAAAAAAAAAGAUAAGAAUAUAUCUCACAUUUAUCUCCUUUUGGAACAUCACCUUGACAACCAGCUAUAAUUCAAUUUCUACAAGAAUUUCUGAAAUACGACUGAAAUCAUGAGUACUGGAGGAAAAGUGGCCUGGCCUGCUGCCAACCCGUGGGGAAAGAGCCCGCCUGUUGCUGUUUCAUCACUGAGUAGCGUUAUGGAUGAGGAGUAUGCCUUGCAACUGCAGAAGGAGGAGGAGAGAGUUGAUGUGCCCAUAGCUCAAGCAAGUCCCACAUAUGACAUCGCAUGUGAUGUGCAGACUGAAGAUGGCAAGGAAACCAGCAGUGAUCUGCUACUGGCUCAGAUGCUUCAGCUUCAGUAUGACCGAGAGUACGAUGCUGAACUCACAAGAGAGGAACAGAAAUACAACAAAGAUAGCAAAGUGAGCAUUUCCUUCUCAAACUACCGUUCUGUCCACCCUGCAUAUGAUGACGAGGACGACGAUGAUGACGAUGAUGAUUUUCAAGAAGAAUGGAUUCUUGGUGAUGAAGGAAGAGAAGCAGAAUUACUUGGAGCUGGAAGCACUCCCGCGGGACAAAAGAAGUCUAUCAUUACCAAACAUGAUGCACAAGUAUGUGGAAGGAAGAAUGCCAGUCGAGUUAUGGAUCAGUUCCCUCCUGAUUUUCCGAGCGGUAAUAGCUUUGGGAUGGAUAUGAAGCUAUCAAACAGCGUCUACAACGUCCUUAAGAUUCACUCACAGAAAGAAGAGAGUAAAGCACAGAGAUUACACGAGAAGAAAGAACAUUCAACUGCCGAAAUGGCUGUAGAUUCUCGUACCAGGAUUAUGUUGUAUAAGCUAGUCAAUAAUGGUCUUCUAGAUUCCAUCACUGGUACCAUCAGUACCGGUAAAGAAGCAGUCGUCAUCCAUGCGUACGGAGGACAGAUGGACGACCACAUUAUACCAGCAGAGUGUGCGUUGAAGGUCUUUAAGACGACACUAAACGAGUUCAAGACAAGGGAUCAGUAUAUCCGCAACGAUUAUCGGUUUAGAGCUAGGUUCAAGAAGCAGAACCCUCGAAAGUUCAUCCACAUGUGGGCUGAGAAAGAAAUGCAUAAUCUCAAUAGGAUGCGAGAAGCUGGGAUCAGGUGCCCGGAGGUGGUGUUGCUACGGAAACACAUCCUGGUGAUGUCAUUCAUUGGUAAAGACCAGAAGGCAGCUCUCAAACUGAAGCAUGUCAAGUUCUCAGUCAGCGAGGCUCAGUGUGUCUAUGAAGAAUGCCUUGAGAUGAUAGAGAAGUUAUACCACCAAUGCAAUCUGAUCCAUGCUGAUUUGAGUGAAUAUAACAUCCUAUGGCAUGAAGGUCAUCUAUGGUUCAUUGACGUCAGUCAGUCAGUAGAGCCAACGCACCCACAUGGUUUGGAGUUCCUCCUCAGGGAUUGUACAAACAUUAGCAAUUUCUUCCGUAAGCUUGGUGUCCACGAUGUUCUGAAGCCGCAUGAACUGUUCAACAGAGUCACUGGAUUGGAUCUACAGUACGGCAAUGAGCAGGAGUUUCUAGGCCAGAUUGAAGCCUUACAGCAGAGUGAGAAGUUCAAACCAUCUAGUCCGAAAGAGAACAACUUUGCUUUUGAUUACUUCUUUGACAAGAUCAAGGGGGAAGAGCCUCAACACAAGAAGAAGAAGAAGAAGAGAAGAUGGAAGGAGGAGAGAAUCAAGCUGAUAAUGGGAGCAGUGUUCAAGCUACGGUGUCCUCAAAGAAGGAUUAAUUCUCACGAUUAUGUCGCGCGUGAGGAGAUGGAGGGGUUUGGGGUUAGUUUGUGUUGAAAUAUCCAGAAGUAGAUUUAGGCGUAGAUGACAGUGGCUUUCACUAGAGGUUUUUUUAUUACAAA